UGCUCAGCACUUCCUCGGCUCUGGCAUGUACCAGGUGCAGGGCUGGGCAUGGGGUCACGGGGUGAAUGAGGCCCUGCCCCUGGCCCCAGGCACACAGAUUCAUGAUCGAGUUGGCCACCUAAACAGAGAACUGUAAAGCCAGUGGUUGCUGAGUAGAACGGUGUCUCUCUUCUUUGCAUUUCCAUCUUUGGGAGCCCAGCUCCUGCCUUUGGGAUUCCAGCCUUUGGUCAAGUGCUGCCGCCUUCACCAAGGGGACCAGAAGCAGGCAGAGGUUUCCCCUGGAGCCUACACCAGGAAUCAGAGAUUCAAGUCAAGGCACAAUGUCCUUCAAUAGAGACAUGGAUCUGAGUAAAGAUGGUGAGGAAGAUGAAUCUCUGACAUGCUCGCUGCCAGAAUUAUAUGCAUUUGUUGAGAAUUUUAAUAAGGAGAACAAGAAAUUGAAUCUCCUGAAAAUGCACUCUAUUUCACCUGGUGAAGCACAGAGAAUGCUCAGUCAAAAGCAUUUCCUGGAUGGAACCGGGGGGACUGACGGGAGAGCAGAUGACUCCUUACCUGUUUUCAUGUGCAAGGUGGUGAGAAGAGAAGAGCGGCCGGAGUCUAUGACUGAGCUUCUGCACCGCAGCUUGCUUCCCAGGUCCCUCUCCCCCGUGGAGAGACUCUCCAAAUCCCAGCAGAGAAUCUCUGAGUAUGGGAUCCCUCCUCCCGUGCACACUUUUCCUUAUGAGAUUCUCAUCAAUCAGUCCAAAUCCGCGUCAGUGGUCACCAUACGGAAGAAGAUUCAGAGCACCAAGAUACUGUGCAGGCUGGCCCUUCCCUGUGUCUCGCCAGAGAAGUUUAUCUUUGAAGAGAAAGCCCCUACAUACUUCCUCAUCGAUCCAGCAAAACAAUUCAUGGAUCUAAGGGAUCUGGAAUGGAAAUUUUACAAGGGGCUUGUGAAGUGGAAGCGCUGCGUUUUGAAUGAGCUUGUGGACAUUAAGAAUGACAGCGAGAAGAGAUUUGUGGGGAGCCAGCAGUUGCAGCAUCCUCUUUCCCCACCUCUAGUUCAUAAGUCUCUGGUCAUUUAUCCUCAAGUUGAUUACCCAAAAACACUGUUGCCUUCUUAAAUGAAAUAUGUAGUUCAUUAAAACAUCUUGGAUAGAGA